UAUGUGUUUAUGUCACCGUAGAAUUAAUAUGGAAAAUGUCCAGUGUUCUGAUGACUUUUCAUUGACUAAAAAACCAAAUGGACUAAUAUAUAUAUUAAUAAUAGAAAGAGUUUAGGAGCAUUAGUAACACACUCUUUCAUAAGUCUCAAAAAAUGCAGCUUCUGAAUUUUUCACUAGCAAUAAUACUCUCACUUUUGUUUCUCGGAGUUGAAGCUUCUCAGGACGGAUUCAUCUUUAAUGGCUUCCAAUCGGCAAAGCAAAACCUGAGUUUGGACGGAAUCGCAGAGUUCACAGACAAUGGCCUCCUCAAGUUAACCAACAACACUUACAACUCCGGCUCCAGUCACGCCUUCUAUCAAAAUCCCAUCCCUUUCAAAACCCCUUCAUCCUCUAAUUUCUCCUUCUCCACAACAUUUGUGUUCGCCAUAAGGUCUGAAAAUCCAUACAGAAGCUCUCAAGGUUUAGCUUUCGUGAUUUCCCCGACAGAAUUCUUGCCCGGCGGCCGGUCAUGGCGGUUCCUCGGUCUGUUCAACGAGUCCACCAAUGGAAGCGCUGACAACCAUAUUUUCGCAGUGGAAUUCGACACGAGUAUGAACCCGGAUUCCACCGAUAUCAACGACAACCAUGUGGGAGUCGACAUUUACAGCAUCGAUUCAGUUAACCAAACUCCGGCCGGUUAUUAUGAUAAUCAUGAUCCUGAAAAGUUCCAUAAUGUCACCCUCAUGAGUGGCGACCCGAUUCAAGCUUGGGUCGAUUACGAUGGUGGCAACAAACAGAUUUCGGUGACUCUGGCUCCGUUAAAAUCUUUUUCGGGUCGCAAACCCAAUUUUCCUCUGCUCAGUUUCAACUACGAUCUUUCACCAGUUUUACUAGACUCCAUGUAUGUCGGAUUCGCAUCCUCCACUUCUGCAUAUGUUGUGAAUCAUUAUGUACUUGGAUGGAGCUUUAUGUUGAAUGGGUUGGCCCAAAAUCUCGACAUUUCUCAACUUCCAAAACUUCCUAAAAAGGGAGGUAAGAAGAAACUUAACUACUUUUUGAUUACUGGCCUUCCCCUGAUUUGCUUAUUCUCCAUCAUAGCGGGUGUUUUGGGCACAAUUUAUUAUGUCAACCGAAAGAAAAAGUUUGCAGAAUUGCUUGAAGAUUGGGAAGUAGCAUACGGGCCUCACCGGUUCAAGUACAGAGAUUUGUAUAAAGCCACCAAAGGGUUUAAGGAUUCAGAGCUUCUUGGAGCUGGCGGAUUUGGAAGAGUUUACAAAGGCGUAUUACCAACCACAAAACUCCAAAUUGCCGUCAAAAGGGUUUCUCAUGAAUCGAAACAGGGGAUGAGAGAAUUCGUGGCGGAAAUUGUCAGCAUAGGCCGGAUGAGCCACCGGAAUUUGGUGCCUCUGUUGGGCUACUGCCGGCGGAGUGGCGAGUUACUCUUGGUCUAUGAAUACAUGCCUCAUGGAAGCCUGGACCAAUUUCUACACGGCCCGAGAAAAUCACACCUGAAUUGGUACCAGAGAUUCAGAAUCAUCAAAGGCGUGGCUUCGGCUUUGUUCUACCUUCAUGAAGAAUGGGAACAAGUGGUUGUCCACAGAGAUGUCAAAGCUAGUAAUGUCUUAUUAGAUGCUGAAUUGAAUGGAAGAUUAGGAGAUUUUGGACUUGCGAGACUCUAUGAUCAUGGAAGUGACCCUCAAACUACUCAUGUUGUCGGGACGGUGGGAUACCUCGCGCCGGAGCAUUACCUGACCGGGCGCGCGACAACAAACACCGAUGUCUACGCAUUCGGGGCGUUUCUUCUCGAAGUAGUUUGUGGUAGAAGGCCGAUAGAGCAAAAAGCACGAAAACAGGAUAUGGUUUUAGUUGAUCGGGUGCUCUGGUUAUGGAGUCAAGGUAGAAUUAUGGAGGCAGUUGAUCCGAGUUUGGGUACAAAUAAUAUAGUCAAGAAUGAGGCUGAAUUGGUACUGAAGCUUGGGUUGUUGUGUUGUAAUUCAGAACCAGAGGCUAGGCCAACAAUGCAGAAAGUUGUGCUGUAUUUGGAUGGUGCAAUGGCUCUUCCUGAGUUAUCAUCAUCAUCAUUAUUGGGUGGUGGAAUUGCUACAAAAUCCAUGGCAUUUGACAGUGUUACAAGCUUUGAAGACGUUUCAGUAUCCUCCUACUCGUUUCUAACUUCAUCUACUCAGUAUUCUCAUGCAAGUGGCUCCAUUUUAUCUGGUGGUCGUUGAUUCAGUGGAAAUGAAUGUUUUAAAUUUGGUUGAAUUGGAACAAGAACUCUUGUUGAAUUGAUAGUUUUGAUUCACUUGAAGGGUCUGGCUGGAAUUAAACCUCACCUCCGUAUGUUAAACCUUUGUUAGCACACUAUGUUACAGAAUUGCAUACUACCGAAAUGUACUUGUAUUGUAUCUCUAGCUUGUGUCUAUAUAUAUUUUUUUUUUUGAAAAAGUACAUUCCUGUACUAUCACAUGGUUGCUUUGCAUAAGUCUAGCUUGUGUCUCAUGGUGUCUAUUUGUGUUAAAAAUUUCUUGUAAUAAAUGUAUCAAUUACGUUUGAUGGAUAGGGUUGUUUCAAUGCAAACCUUGGUCAUCUGGGCCUUCGUUCCCUGGUGGUAGCCGAAGCCUCUGUGUAUUAGGCUGCUUAGCCCGUAGUAUAUAACAUUGCUAUCUUCUGGGCCUUCUAGGUCACUGGCA